AUGGGCUGCAUCAAGAGUAAAGAGGACAAGGGGCCCACCAUGAAGUACAGACCGGAUAAUGCUCCGGUCUCAGAUGUCAUCGGCCCCCACGUGGGCCACUACGGGCCCGACCCCACACAGCUGCAGCAGAACCAGUCGUCCUCCACGGGGCCCGCUGCAGGUUUCAACCCCCACGCUAUCACCCCCUUUGGAGGAGCCUCCUCCAUCAUGACCCCCUUCGGAGGGGCUUCCACCUCCUUCUCCGGCGCUCUGCUCGGCACAUUCCCCGGUGCCGUCUCAGGUGAGCCUAUAUUAUCCACAUAAUCCUAACUUGAAAUCUUCAAGCAUAGCCUACAUAAAAGGUUUGUGCAAAUCACACGUUGACGUCAAUGGAUGAUUUGUGCGAUGCAUUUGUGUGCAUGUAGAUUUCAAGUGUGGAUUUCCUUACGUACCUGUAUGCCUUUCUAUCGUAACUACAAUAGAGCAGACCGUGGGGGAUAAAAGAAGGACGCUGGAUUGGCACACAUUCAACAAAUCUGUAUUGGGGUUGACAUCCAUACAAGCAUUAUACUCCGGGUUUUAUCUGAACAUAGUGUGAAAUACACAUAUAAACAAUAGCCUAAAUGUCUGCACAUUUCCAUGGCAUUUCCAUUGUUUUGGUCUAGUUCCAUUAACCUCUUUACCGCAUCUAUACUAUAUAAGUACUCUAAAGUUUGACAUUUGAGACAUCUAUAGUUCCUUCACAAGGACCCAUAUACUUAUUCCCCACAACAGAAUAGCUGCUGAUAUGACAACUCAAUAUCGAGUCACUCCAAAGUCCACCUGCCAUUGCGUUUCAGACGAUUAAAAUCCAGUGGUCUCUCAUCAUCUCCCUCUUAAGGCGUCAGCAUGCUUCAGUUCGGCUGGCGCCUAGCUGAACUCGGCUAGCCGAACCGAACGAGUGUUCUGGCAUACUCCCUUAAGACCUUCGCUUGAAAAACUAGAAAAAAGCGGCAAUAGUACUGUUUGUCCAUUUUGAGAUGCCAUAGCCAGUAUACACUUCCUCAAAGUAGUCAGAAUUAAUCUAAGAUAACUCAAGAAAUCUGUCAUUAAUUUUGACGUUUUUGCCGAAGAGAUCUUUUACAUCGAACUAAGCUGUUUGGUGCAGUAUUUUUCAAUGAGCAAAUGUGCAUGAAAAUGAGUUCUCGUUGAAUGACAACAAAGACUUUAUUGAAUAAUCCCUACUGUUGACCAAUCACUGACGAAGGGGCGUAGACUUCGGCUUGCCUCCAGGAAAGAAUUUGUGUGCCCGAACAGCCGAAAAAACCCUCACUGAAGUCCAAAACGAACAAAAACGUCACAAAAUGUAGUCAUAAUAUAUGCACGAACUGUACCGAACUGUUUCGGCUGGGAAGCAUGCCGAUGCCUUAAAAUGUCCUUCAAUCACGUUGUCCAUAGGUGCCAUUAGCAACAAAUCAACAACGAUUGAUUUGAAAGGUGGCAGGGAGACUGACCAAUCUGAUAAGGUCCCAAAGAGCAGUGAGAUGAGAUUGAGCUCUCCUGUUUAGGUGGGAUUAGGUUUGUAAUCCCCCUCUUUGUUGGAUUAUCUGCUCUCAGGAGUAGGGGGGGGGGGGGGGGGGGGGGGGGGGGGGGGCUACAUGGCACGUUAUUGAGUUCCUGGACCAGAUAAUGGGAUUGGUUUUGGCAGCUUGGUUGUUCAGCGGUGGGUACGAUGAAUAUGAGCUCCCCAUGAGGUGUGUCAUAGGGUGUGUCCCAAAUGGCACCCUAUUCCUUACAUCAGUGUUUCCCAAAAACACCUGAUUCAACUUGUCAAGUGCUUGAUGACUAGUUGACAAGUAGAAACAGGUGUGCUUGUCCGGGGCCACAACAAAAAUAUGUACUGUUUUGGUUGCUUGAGGACCGGAGUUGGGAAACACUGCCCUACGUAGUGCACUACUUUUGAGCAGAGCCCGAAGGGCACUAUAUAGGUGAUAGGCUGCCAUUUGGGACGAAACCAUAGAUGGUUAUCCGCUAGGGCCGGGAUGAUACCAAUAUCGCAAUACUCGUUAGUAUCUUGGCAAGGAAACGAAACACGAAGAGAUUUAACUUCUUUAGGAAAACAAGUUGGAAACAAACAUCAUUUUGUUGUCAUCCAGAGUCACAUGUAUUUAUUUUCCAAGCUAUAGCACACAAUAUUUAACAUACAGCAGGUUUUUAAAGGACCAAAGAGUUUGGUCUGCUCUGUUCCUUUUUCAUUUUUCACAUGGAAAAAAUAGAAUGAUACUGGUAUCGUCACAGCCCUAUUAUUCGCACAAUCUGCCGACCUGCCUGUCUCUCUCUGCCCAGUAAGCAGAAUGGUUUACAGUGUAUUCUGUAUUGACAUUACACAGCUGCGAGAUGAGAUGACCUGUGCUAUGUUAUUAUUCAUGUCUUGUAAUGAUGUUAGCUUUGCACCGAGCUGACGUAAGCAUAUUUCCCCUACGACGCUAAACAAACAACAACCUUGCCGGACAGUUAAAUCCGCUCCCCAACUGAUUUAGACUUCUUGUCAGAACAGUACCCAUCCCACUGCCAACAGUAUGACAUACACAGGGACGAACUAGGAGCAGAAAUCAGCCUGGGCAUUUCUAACACAUCUCCCCAUUUUUUCCCCCCAUUGAGGCUCCCAUUAUUAGCCAUAGUGAUCAUUUUUUCACACAUAAAAGACCAACCCACUGGGCAUCCCAUCUGGCAUUCGCCCAAACUGCACUAUGGCCGGUCCGUUUCUGGACCAACAUGACAUCAUUUUGAUAUUAUUUCUGAUCUAUACACUGGACAUUUCUAUAGAGUAGAAUUACCGGUAGUGAAAGAUCGAUAGGGAGUGUGCAGGCUAGAGAACACAGAUGCUACUCGCCUCUCACGACAGUCACACCACAGACACCAGUCAGUCAUGGGCACUAUGGAAACAGAACCGCCACUACAGGUCUACUUUCUCUGACUCAUUUUCCAUUGGUCCCUUGGUCUCCUGUCAUUUCAAUGUACCUGCUCAGCUUUGCGGCAGAGUCAAUGUCGCUGAAUGUUGACAGUACCAAUCUUGGCACAAAGGUCAGCUGGUAUUUAUAGAAAGUCUUUGUAUCUUCAGUAGGCUAUUGGUAGCUCUGAAUGCCUUCAUAUUCUAACUGGUUCUCCACCUGCAAGUUAGUCAACAAAACUAUUUUUGAGUCACUUAAAUGAACAUACUGUCAUGAAUUUCACUUUUACCUUGAAUGUUUUAUUUAAUGUUUUCUUUGUGUGUAUUCAGGUGGGGUUACGUUCUUUGUGGCCUUGUACGACUAUGAAGCCAGAACCUCAGACGACCUGUCGUUCAAAAAAGGGGACCGCUUCCAGAUCAUCAAUAACACGUGAGUCCCCAUGGGCCCUGGUCAAAAGUAGUGCACUAUAUAGGGAAAGAAUGACAUUUGGGACGCACCCUCCCUCUGAGAACAUAAUUUAUCAUGAUCAGGAGCUUAUUCCCAUAGAGUAGUGGUAUAAUGAUGACAGGAUAUCUUUAAGAACACUACCUGUUCUGUAUAAUGUGUUAUUCCUACAUGGGUUAGAUUAAUGUUUUCCCCCAUGAUCCUGUUUUUCCACCCAGAUCGCUGGAGACUUUCAUUUGAUUUAUUUAACAAAACCUUUAACACAGAUGGUGCCUUAGGUUAUAUAUAACUUUCUGCUCUAUAAUGUAGCCAUGGUUGACUUUGUUCAAUUCAAAUGUAAUACAUUGCAACAUGCCUUAGUAAUAUAGCAAUAGAAUCCAUGCGUAAAAGUGAGCAUGUACAAGCUCACUGCCAAGACACAGAUAAAGCAAGCUUACAAGUCCCUUUCAUAACCAGACUACCAUUGUACAGACAUAGUAGUGAUAUAUAUAUAUAUAUAUAUAUAUAUCUCUGGAUGAUUCUCUCUCUCUCUGUCUGUAUCUGAUUCUCCCCCUACAGAGAAGGGGACUGGUGGGAGGCACGCUCCAUCAACACAGGGAAGAAGGGGUACAUUCCCAGUAACUAUGUGGCACCAGCUGACUCGAUCCAGGCUGAAGAGUAA